GCAUCCUACGACGAACGGUACAAAACGGCCGUAGCGGCUUAUCAAAAUUACCUGGAAGGAUUACAGUUGGUCUUGUCCGAAAAUGAACUCAAAAUGCAAAAAGUCCACAACCGUCACUCGGUGCCACUUUGGUUCCAGGAACUUUCCAACGAACAGGUCCAGGCUGCGGACGCCUUUCUCGAAGCGCUCCGGGACGAUCGGGACGAGGGAACGCACUACCGGUGUCGCUCGCUAAUCCGUUCGCUGGGCGUUUAUCCCCUGUGUCCGGCUUGGGUUUUAAAGGAAGCGGUGCAGAUGUCCAGCGGCAGUGACAUUUCCUUUUUAUGGUUCCUACUCGGGUUGCACUACUCGAAGAAUGCCACCAGUGAUUACUCUAUCAACGAACGAUUGAUAAUGUCUGCGAUUUGCCAUCUGGACAUGAUGACCACGCUCCGUGGCUUGGAGGAGGUUCUGCCUCCUCGAGCUCAGGAAAAAUCCUCUCCUGAAAGUUCGCUUAGUUCAUCCUCCCACGACUGGCAUCGGAACGUCGAUCAUUGUUCGCCCUACCUGGAACCGCUUCGCGUUCCGGAUCCCCGUCCGCAAAACUGGAACGGAGUACGCAAUUUCCACCCGGAAGCAGCCUUUUCCCUCUCUCGGUACGCCCCGUACCAGGAUCCACACUUCAUCAUUCCCAACGAAGCGUCCCGAUGGUUUGCCAAGCGAACCGCCGGCAACCAGACGACCUCGUUUGAUGAAGCGGUCCAAACGGAGGAGGCGGAGAACCCGGCUCCGGAGGUUUGCGAUAGUGCGGAACAGAUCGUGAGGGAACUGCUGAACGAUCAGCUGGGGUUGAUGGUGCGAAAGGAAAAUGAGAGGGCGGAUCUAUGCCGGAAGCACCGGGAUAUGGAGAAAAGACGGCGGAAGUUGCUCGGGUUGAUCACGAAGCGGUCGGAGAAGAGAGCGAAGAUCGACUCCGCGGUGGAAACCGCCCAAACCCAGGCGGACCUGGCCACGCAAAAAUCCCGCGAUGCUCACAUGAUCAAACUGCUGCUGCGCAAGCUGAUCGACGAUUCGAUCGCGUCCUGUCUGCUAACCCCGCGCAGCAACUGCCCGGAAUGCUGGCAAGCGUACGAACACCAGCGCAAGCUGCAGACCCGUGCCAAGUGUUCGUGUCCGGGCGCGUCGAAACCGUUCUGCUUCCGGAACAUGUUGGACCGCUCGAAGGGGGCGGCAACGUUGCAGCGGUUUUUCCGCUGUUGUCGCGGCAGAGUUGUUCCGUACGAGUUUGACUACCGUAAGAUCUUGGAUGAUGACGCCGCGCAGCCGGUGCAGUGUCCGAUGAAGCGAGCCAUUCGGGUGGCGCUGGAGAUGGAGCGGGAAGAUGCGGACGAGGCCGUGGCCAUCGAUCGGUGCAUGAAGAAUAUGUGGCGCUGCGAGUUGAAGCUGUGGAACGAGCAGUUCUUGAAGGGGAUGGAAGAGGUUAGGGAGAAGGAAACGAAGAUUGAUUUUCUGGACUUUCCGUACGUUGACUCGAAGGAUCCGGUGUUUUUGCAGCAGCUACUCAAGCGAGCCCUGCUGAAACUCUCCGAAACCCCAAAGUACGUGCUGGCCACCUUUCCAGAGGCGUACAAACUCCCAUUCCUGAACGCGUGGAUCCGGAACCGGUACGGAGUACGUAUCUCCGCAAAACGCAAGCAAGAGAUGCUCUACGAAAGCAAGCACUUUUGGGAGUGGCUCAUCCCGCGCGUCACCGAGAUGCGAUGGCCAAUCUGCGCCGAUUUGGGGCUGGAGGGUCGCGUCAACUGGAACUACAAGCGACGGCUGGAUGAAACCGCCCAGAAGCACCUCGCCAAAUUCUAUCGAAAGUUCAAGAAGAUUCAAAUCCAGGAAGGGCGUCUCUACUGGUCCACGAUGGACGCGUACGGCACGAACGUGGACCGCUUUCGGCAGGUCUUCUUCGACUAUCUGCCCAACUGUGAGCCGCUGGUGGGGCCGAUGGUGCGGCCGUGGCAAACGUACGAGCACCGGAACGCUGCGGUGUCGGGUAGUGAUAGUAAAACGCGCUGUUGAUUGGUUUAUUAUGCUUUAUUUUAUUGUUCGGUAUACAUUUAUAUAAAUAUGUUGGGGUUUCAUAAAACGAUUUAGAUAAUUUA